AUGGUCUACGGUCCGGUAGUUCAUCAUAUCAAUGACCUUGAUGGACUGAAUACUUCCAACGAGCGCAUUAGGGACAUUGCCUUUGGUAAAGCAAAGCAUGGCUGCCCAUUGACUGGAGUAUUCCUAUGGGUGGACGUUCGUGAUCUGGCAUUGGCGCACGUUCUGGCAAUGGAGAAACCAGAGGCAGCUGGCCAGCGGUUCUUGGUUUCUCCAGGACACUAUUCCAACAAGGACAUUGUGAAAGGUAUCUGGGAAGCAUUCCCUGAACUCCGGGAAGGUUUGCCGAUGGGAGACGCAUUGACACCUGGUGCGUUUCCGCCCGAGGGAUGGUAUGGAUAUGAUAGUACCAAGUCCAAGAAGGUUUUGGGCGUCACCUAUCGACCAUUGAAGGAGUGCAUUAUCGACACGGUGAACAGUCUUAAGACAUUUGUCAAAUAA